AUGGUCGAAAGAAAGAAGGAUGCUGAAAAGGAAGAGGACGUCUCUCAGGUAGAAUCGGGCAAUGAUCGCUGCGUCUUGGACGACGACUGGUCCAACCAUCGCCCAUCGACUGGUCAAGAUCGAGACCACACCACCUCUGUCGCGGAAGAUCUUGCUAGAGAGAAGAUGAAGAACGAGGCAUUCGACUGCUCCGGUUUUCAAAUCGGAGAGACCGUUGACGACCCGGCUUUUGAAUUCUGUCCGUUCAAGAUUGUUCUCACGUACCCGGAGCGCUUCAUUGGCAAGAUGAACCGACCUAAGGCAAAGCCAUUCUUUGCCCAACCUUUGGCGGAUCGAGUUUGGGACUUCUUCUACCUCCAUGACCCAGAUGAACCAACAAGAGAUCCAUGCCUCUUGGUUCCAACGGCCCAGUUCCAAGAUUUCCUCGACGACAUCAACCUUGAACUGGGGAUUUCGCUCAAGAUUCCCCUGGGUGUGAACACGGAAAGGUUUUACAUGCGGUUCAACGACCCAGACACACCGCGCCCACGAUAUCUCAGACGAUCCGAGGACGAAACCUCGCUCGACAUUCGACCAUGGCCCACCAUCAAUGACGACGAUGUUAAUCUCUACGAAACAGCUGAGAAGGGGCGGCGGGCUGAGUGGCGGGACAAGCUGAAGCUCGUCAAGACUGGCUUCAUCCCGAAACAGCGCAACUCGUUCAAGGCUCUCUUUAACAAAAGGAACCGGGACCUGAUGCUGAAGCACACGCAAGAGUACCUGGGUCUCGUGGGGAACCCUGAGGGUCACGAUGUCGUCUUCAUCUGUGUCGAUGUUGAGGCGAUCGAACGACCACCGAACCCAGUCUCCGAGAUCGGCUUUGCGAUUCUCGACACACGAGACAUUCAAGGAAUCGCCGCUGGCGAAUGUGGGCGCGGGUGGUGGCCCAAGAUCAAAUGCCACCAUCUCCGAAUCAAGGAGUAUGCAGGUUUGAGAAACUAUCGCUACGUCAAGGGCUGUCCUAAUGCCUUUAACUUUGGCAAAAGUACGUUCCCGACCAAGGCGAGAACUAAGGAUGCCAUCUUGGCCAUUGUGAACCCGUACUUGAAGGACUCGCGAAACAUUGCCAUCGUGGGCCACGACAUCAAUCAAGAUAUCAAGUAUCUUAAGAGCCUCGGCAUCGACAUUGAGGCUGUCACAAACGCUUACCCCCCGGUUGACACCAAGGAUAUCCACCAAUCCUGGACCAACUCGAACAACGGACGAGGUCUCGGCAGCGUCCUCUUGGAACUGGGAAUCGCAAGCCAGAACCUCCACAACGCAGGCAACGAUGCCUACUACACACUCUGCGCCAUGAUCGGCAUCGCUAUUGAGGGGACUAAGAGCGAGGAGGAGAAGAGUGACAUGAACCAGGUUGAGUGA